UUGUGUGUGUUGUCAAGGAAGCGCGUUGGUGGUUACCAAAAUGGCGUAACUGUUUCACCUGUAACAACAAUGGCUUACAUUUACAUGCUGCUUAACUUAUUUAAACAAUGACGGGAUAGCACCGACGUGGUUUUAACUAAUUUAAACAAUGACAGGAUAGCACCGACGGUGUUUUGGACUUAAAGUUGAUAUCAGGCUAUAAAAAGUUAGAGGACUGUGGUGUGUUGAAACCCGUCAUCAGUUUGUCAUCCUGAUAUCGUCGGGAUGCCAGCCCUCAAGGACAAACUUUACUACUCUAACAUUAGAUUAGGUCUACAUGAAGAUAUUGAAGAUGACAGGAAACUGCUGGUACGAGAACAGAAGUAUGGUCGAUCUCGGUCUCGCAAGCUCACCCUGGAAACAAAUCGCAGACGAAGGGCUCUGGAGGAGAAAAGGAAACAGUGGGAUUUCCAGGAGCAGAGACUGAGGGAGAACAUUCUUCAGCAGCGCCGGAAGAAGGUCCAGGAUGCCACCGAGAACUUCCAAAGAGCUCAUCUUCCUCCCUCCCAGAGGAAGAGAACAGCCUUUAGAGGAAGAGUGCCCAACCUCGAUCAAGCACUUCAUCAUAUUCAAGGCACUUCCCGCUUAUAUACUCAUCAGUCUCCAUUUUUGUCCAGUGCCUUCACCAUUAGCAGGAGCUGCACUCCCUCUCCAAAGCCUCCAGGGGGCGCCCGUCACCUGCGUGCCUUAUCUGCUGCUGAGUCCUAUAACAAACUCAUGCAGGAGAAGAACUUUAAAAACAAUCAGCUACUCUUCCUCACUGAGCAGCAGUUAAUACAGUCUGAUCUUAAAGAAAAAGAGCAGACCAGUCCACAGGAAUAUCUCGAUACCCCACACAGUGAAACGGAGAGUCUGUCUAGUUUGGACAGUUUAGAGAACGGACAACCUCAGCAGAGCCAUGGCACCACCUCAGUACACUGCUCUAGCCUGGUUCAUUCCUUCCAUCAGAACACCUGUACCCAAUCCUCCUGGCACCUCGUGGAUCCGCUUCAAGACGCGAAAAGUUCUCCAUCACCUCCACGACAGUGCACCUUUAACCUAUGCUCAUCACCUCGAGCCUCCUGUUCUGUAGUAAAGAGCUUCCUAGAGGAAGUCUUAAUUCAGGAACGCAAUCUUACUUCCAGCUCUCCCUCACCCAGGGCUUAUGAGUCACCAGAGGUAAAUAAGAGUCUCCUGAAUCUCACGCAAGCAACAGAGCAAUGCAAUCUGAAGGACCAAUCACAGAGCUUCGACACCCAAUCUGCUAUUGGAUGCCAAGGAGAGUUGAUUCAGCAAGAUUUAGCGGCUAAUUCAGAACAUAUGACUCAUUUUAAUGACCGGAACGCUCAAGGGAAUAUUUUGAAAGACAAAAAAACUGCGGUUGCCCACUGCAAAACACAAACCGUGCCAGUUACCACACCCCUGGAAUUCUCCAAUCUGCCUGAAGAGUUCAAGUCCCAAUCCAAACUGCAGACGAAAACCCUGGAGGAGAAAUAUUCAAAACAUUCAUCGGAAUGGCAGACGUCUGUCUCAGCCAGCAGAUCCAAACACAGUUUUUACGAAACCACCUCAGAUCACGGUGCUCUCUCUAGGACUGAUCAAUUCUCAGACGUACAGCCGCUAGAAACACUGAGUUCUUCGCGGUCGCAUAAACACAAACCAGAUGUAGACAUUGCCUCGGGGUUCAAGAAAGAAUCUAGACCCCUGACCACGGAGGAGAGUGCAAGUAGAGAUCUCCAGAAUCCUAAAAAGGAAUCAGAAAUCACCAAAGAGGAACCAGACAGAACAUCUGCAGAGCCGAUGACCCAUCCUGCACCUAACUGCAGCAAUGCCCGAUUCCUGAAAGGGAUUCUCAAAAACCAUUUAAAAACCAAAUCAGGAAAUGUCAAAUUCACUUACACUCCUAACCAUUUACUUUUCACUAAAGAAGUGGCAAUUUUAAUUAGAGACAGCGUGGAGCUGGCAAGGGCCAAACUCAAUGAGCCAGAGCAUAAUAGGACCAUUAAGAAGAAACUACGCUGGUUUGAUGAAGUGAACGGCAUUGAGGGGGCAGUGGUAGACGGGAUACUUAAAGAGCCCGGCAAGCAACCAGCAGCUAAAAGCGGGCAUGCUAACUCACCUCAACAAACCCGUAAACAGCUCUCAGCAGAUCAGGGUUCAUACUACGUGAAUUCACUCUCAGGGGUAUCAAAAAACAUCUCCAGUAAGACCUCCAGUGCCCCUGCUGGCUCCCAAUUCACCAGACAGGCUUGGGCAGAUGUAGGGCCCCAAGAAAACCGUGCACAGGAGCAUAUAAGAGAGCCCACCUCUCAAAAAGGCGGCUGUUGCGUCUGGGGCCCACGUGCUCCCCGGAGAGCACGUUCAGCCAGACCCGGCCCAGGAUCCAUUACCUCCCGGGCCAGGAAGGGCACUAUCAUCAGACCGCAAUCUGCCAGGGAAGCACAACAUGUGGCCAAGGCCCAGGGGAAGAUGUUGGUGCCUCGUCCCCCUCCAAAACCAGACAUUGUGGAGUGUGAUUUUGCUGAUAUCUCCAAGGCCGUAAACCACAGUAUACAAAGCCAACCUGAGGCACAAAUGGAGCAGGUCCUGUGCAGAGACAACCCGGAUAGCCAAGCAACUAUUCACCCGCCUGUCCUCAAAGAAGAGGCUGUCUGUGUUCCAGUGCCACCUUACCAUACCUACACCCAUGAGAGUGUGUCCAAGGGUGUCUGUUCCUUUUCCCCUCCUGUGGAAAAUGCAGAGCGCAGGUGUGGAAAGAAUGGAAUCAAUUUGGAUCGGACUCCAACGGAUGAGGAGAUCACACUCCUGUGGCAUGGGGUCCGGAGUGCUCUAGCUAGCAAAGAUGGUGACCCUCAAAGUUUUCUGGCUCACAAUGGCGUGUUGUCUGCUCCACCUCAAGCCUGUGCCAGCCUGUCCCAUGUUACUAUCAAUGGUGAUAGUCUGAUCAGUGGUGUCAAAGGAGUCUCAAGAAACGGCGGCUUCUUCCUGUCUUCUUCCAACAUGAGAAACCCAAUAAGAAGACAGAUGAUGGAGAGUAACAUGGUGAAGAACAGUGCGACAGUAGACGGCAGCAGAAACCAAACUGCAGGAACAGUGCAGAGGAAGAACUAUUUAUCAUAUCAGGUCACUGUGCCAAGAGCUCCACACCCAGAUAAAAAUCAAGCAGCAGUCAAUGGAGAGGUGACAGACGGUGAACAUGAUGCCACGACCUGGGUUCAAUCCCAUAAGACCUGCAAUGCUCCGAUUGGUCCACAGAGCAAGAGAAUGCAGUCUCUGAACGUCAGUGCUCUCACAGUGGAGGAGCAGAAGAUCCUGCAGUCACUCGAAAGACUCAAUCAACGCCUACAAUAUGUGAAAGAUACAGCUGCUGGCAACCCAGCGGUAAAAGGCAUCUUUGCUUCGGCUCCUGGAUUUAACCAGACGGGCGAGAAUGUGGGUGUCGCCGUGCGUAGGCGAGGAGUCUCUACUGACAAUCGCACCCAAACUCAACAGCGUUACGGACUACACCUCCCAUGAUCCACCACUCCCACAGCCUCUUCUCUGAGCUGCACUUCUGGAACCUUUAAACUUUGCGGUUGCACUAUUUAUCAGAUAUUAUACUUUAUGUGUAUAUUGAUUUUGGCAAUACAGCCAGUGCUUAUCUAA